UCUCACACCACCAGUAUACUUGUACACAGUCUCUGAUCAGACAGCUGGCUAGUCCCUCACCUCCCUGACAUCUCACACUUCGCAGGAGACAGACUGUUUACAGCUUCUACAAUCACAAGCAUAGUUUGAGAUGAUGUGGCAUAAGGAAUUCCAUCUUACCGUUUUUCUGCUGGAAUUUGGUGAUUGGAGGAUCCAUUAUCGCUCCUGAGAAAGGCAUUAUGCAGUUUAUUCAUGAGGAGGGCCAUCACUACGAUUGUGCCGUUAUCUAUCUGUUCCAUGCCUGUGUUUUGUGAACAGCUGUGAGGAAGUACCCACCUCAUAGCUAUCAAUUUUGGCCAUCCUUGUUUUAAUAGCUGUGCUGUAAUCGUUGGUGUAGGCAGUGUGACCCAGAAAUGGCAGUAGGAGGCAGUGUGGUGGUGUUCAUAAGUUGUGACCACUCUGUCUGAUCCCCUCCCUUGGCCUGGCUAGCAAGUCCCUGGCUUACUAACCCACCCCCUGAGCCUCAGGGAUGUAAGGUUGUAGGAUGAAGGAGAGGAAGACGCCAGUGUUUAUGUCCAAACCCUGCCCCUCCUCUGCCAGGUUACUCUACCAUAAACAGAAAUCGUUGGAUCAGCUAGACUCUGAACUCCUCAGCAGAUUUGUCACUCAUAUCAGCAGGAGCACGAGGGCAGACAGUGAAGAUGACCUACGGCACAGGAAGUCAGCUGCAGGCUCCACCAAGUGCGACCUUGGCUCAAGCCAAGGAUUCUCCAAGCAUGGCAUCCUGCCCAUAUAUGACAGUACAGACAGCCUGGAUUCUCGACACAGCUUUACCACCAUGAGGCUGCGCCACAGAUCCAGCCUGUUUGAUGGAACCACUCGAUUUCCCAAGCUCGCAGAGUGCGCUCACUUUCAUUAUGACUAUGUGGAGCUGCCUUCAGUUAAGGUGUGUAUUGGAGGAGAGCUGGAUGAGAAUUACCGCCACAACGAGGAGGAGGGAGCGAAGGGGCCUGCGGACCAGUACUUUACGUUACGUGUGGCGUCAGGACACCGCAUCUGGAACAUACGCCGCACCUAUGACAACUUCCGUCAGCUCGACAGACAGCUCCACAAGUGUAUCUACGAUCGCAAGUUUUCACAUUUGCCAGAGCUGCAACGGGAAUGGGGCCAGACCCAGAACAACAGGGAGUUUCUCCAUGGGCUGUUGUCACAGUACCUGGAACGAUUAUCCUCUAUUGCUGGGUCUAUGAUCAACUGUGGACCAAUUCUCAACUGGUUUGAGUUGGAUAAUCGCGGUAACCAUUUACUAGCUGUUGACGACUCGGGCAUUAAUACUCCUGCAAUCGCAGCUGCACAUGCUGUCAAGCGCUACACUGCUCAAGCUGCUGAUGAAAUUUCUCUUGAGGUGGGGGACAUUGUGUCUGUGAUUGACAUGCCACCUCCUGAAGACACUAUAUGGUGGCGAGGAAAACGUGGAUUUGAGGUUGGAUUUUUCCCGAGCGAGUGCGUAGAAGUAAUAGGGGAUAAAGUACCUCAGUCAAUGGCCUCCCGUAUCCCGGACCCCCCACAGAAAGCUGUCUUACGCAAACAUGGGAAACUGAUCACUUUUUUUCGAACGUUCUUCUCAAAUCGUCCUUCUCGGAAUGAGCUGAAGCAGAGUGGCAUUGUGAAGGAGCGUGUCUUUAGCUGUGAUCUGGGAGAGCACCUACUGAACUCUGGUCAUGACGUUCCUCUGGUAUUGAAGUGUUGUACUGAUGUGAUAGAGAAUCAUGGUAUAGUAGAUGGCAUAUACAGACUCUCUGGGAUCGCUUCUAAUAUACAAAAACUCAGGCUUGCUUUUGAUGAGGACCGAGCUCCAGAUCUGACCUCAGAGACUUAUUUACAAGACAUUCACAGUAUUAGCUCAUUGCUCAAAAUGUACUUCCGGGAAUUGCCUAACCCACUCCUAACUUACCAGCUCUAUGACAAGUUUGCUGAGGCUGUCAAAGAUGAAGAUAACAAACUGUUGAAGAUUCACGAUGUUGUUCAGCAGUUACCUCCCCCUCAUUACAGGACAACUCAGUACCUGAUGCGGCACCUGGCCAGGGUGGCUGCACACGGUCACCUCACCGGCAUGCAUUCCAAAAAUCUGGCCAUUGUCUGGGCGCCAAAUCUACUCAGGUCUAAGGAGCUGGAGAUCGGGGGUGGGGCAGCGGCACUGCAGGGAGUUGGGAUACAGGCCGUGGUCACAGAGUUUCUCAUUUGUUAUGCUGAUCUCAUCUUUAGUGACAGAAUUCCUGCCUAUUCCUCUCCGGAUGCUAACCGGAGCCAGAAAAAGCCCCGCCCUAAGUCAUUAGCUAUUUCCACACCCACACGUCUGCUGAGUUUAGAAGAGGCCAGAGAGCGCGCCCUGACCACCACAUUGCACCCCCAGUCACAGAAGUUUAUUGAUGUUGGUGGAGGACCAGAGAAUCUACCCUCAAAAUACCAUACUGUGUUAGACCUUCCUGGGUACAAAAAAAAAGCCAAAGACACAAAAGAGCCUGUGAAACAGAAGAAAUCUCCAGUUGGAGGCUGGAAGUCGUUUUUCUCCAAAUCUCGCUCCUCAAGUCUCAAGGUGGGCAAAGGGAGGAAAUCCAGUGUCCCAGAUCCACUGACUUUAGGAGAACAGAAAGCCAUAACAGAGGAAGAUGUGCACAACUGGAAGAGGCGUAGGUUACGCACAGCAAAGAGCGUGGAGUCUCUCACCUCAAACAGGGGAUCACGAUUCUUCGAUUUUGGAUCAUUUGACAGCUCUAUGUCAGGCCCUGCCUCUCAGAACUUACCACGUAAGAGAAGCUCAAGCUCCAGCAGUAGAAGCCGCAGCCAGUCAUUGGACAGGAAUAUGUUUGGCUCCUCCUCCUCCAGGGAAACUGUCAAGGAGAUGGCCAUAGAUAUUGGACCAAUUCCAAAGACAGGCUCCCCAAAGGUCGGUGUAGACAAGGAAAACACCUCACCUGGGGAGUGCAAACUGGAAAAGAAAACUUCAUUUAUUCGUGGAGACUCUACCAGGCGAGCUGUGUUCCAUCGCAAGACAGCAUCAGCUCCUUCCAAUCAGCUGCAGCUAGAGGAUUCUCCCCCUCCUACAGAGGCAAAACGCUCCAGCCAGCAGUCUGCCGAGUCGUCCUCAGUGCGAAGGAAAAAAUCUGACAAAAACAAAGGACCGGUAGAGUCUCAUCUGGAGAUCUCUGUGCCUGUUGGGGAAGUGACAAUCACCCGUGAAAUGGCCGAUAAGUUUGUUCUCAGGGUGGACAGUAAGGAGAUAUUCAGGCCUCCUGACCAGGCUGAUAAACCUGUGGAGGGACGAGCUCCAACAAAGGGAGACAAAUCAGGGAAAGGUGGCAAAGGAAAGAAGAAAACAAAAGGAGAUAAGGGUUCUGCUGAUGCUGUGUGUACUGUGGAUCUGGCAGAGAGCCCAAGUGUGAGGAGGAAACAGAGUGAGGAAUCUCGAGAGACUGGUGUGAUGCGACGAAGUGAGCAGAGCAUGGAACUGGAGGAGGCAAAUAGGCUGCCACCAUCGUACUUUUCCCGUUAUCAUGACUAUGCUGAAAUUCUGGAGGACCAACAAGACACAGGAGUGAUGCAAGAGGCAAGGGUUUCGAAGGAACAUGAGCAAGGUGAACAAUACCCACCCGACACAAGGCAGGAGAAAGAACCUUCCGAGAAACAGCUUGAAGAUAUUUAUAAUGUGGCCGAAAGUGAACAUGUGUCUGAUGACAUGAACAAUUCUGUAGACAAAUUAAUGUCCGAUGUGGAAAAAUUUGAACAGUCAAUCCAUGAACGGCCAGUGGAAUAUUCUAACCCACGGAUGUCCAAGUCCCUGAGCAUUCCGUCUGAUAUUCAGCGGUCUCUGGACAAUGUAAAUCUGGACAGUCAAAGUGAUUUGAUGUCCUCUGUGACAAUCAGUGAACUGUCACGCUCAGUUGACAGCUUUAACCUGGGCCUUAGUGACACAGAGGGAGAGGGCUCUCUGUGGAGGAGCACCUCCCUGGGUGGGGACCAGGAGUCUCCUUUGGGCAGAACUUUGAGGGAAAUUAAUGCCCAGAUUGACAAGGCGUUUCAGGCUGACCCAAGCACACCUAAUGAACAGUUGUACAUGUAUCCUGUGGACGAGAACCUAUGUUUUACCAUCCCAGACGUGCCAACGCUGGACACAACCACAAUGUUAGAACAGCCCUUGUAUGCAGAGUACGAUGAUGAAGACACAGCAACUCCAACCAAUGAAACUCACUUUGAAUUUGAUAAUGUACCACGGUCAUCAUAUUCCACAGUAGACCAGGCAACUGUCAGCUUAGCACAGCCACCUGCUCCACAAUACACCUCUGUGGAGUCACUGUCACGUCGUAGUCCUGCCCAUUCUCCCACUCUCCACCACAAAGAGGGCCGUCUGGGGGCUCAGGAUUACCGUGAGUCUACGGUAAAGGGCCCCACUGCAGCAGUAGGCCAUACAGAGGGUAUGACCCUUUCUGUGCCAGGGGUCAGCCUGAGCUAUGAUGUAGUUCAGGUUCCUUCUGCUGACAUCACAGAUGUAGUUCAGGCUCCUUCUGCUGACAUCACACAUGUAGUUCAGGCUCCUUGUGCCGACAUCACUGAUAUAGUUGAGGCUUCUGCUGACACUACAGAACAAGAUAAAUCCCAAGUCAGCUCGCUGGAAAGUGCUAAACGUCAGCUGGACGCAGACUUUGGAGAGAUCCACUCACGAAUGCGCGAAAGUCAAUUAACGGAGGGCGAGUAUGUGCAGCUAGAGGAUGAGGAUUAUGUCAGGUUGCAACAGGAUGCCCAAUUCAGUGGGGUGGACACUCAGACAGCUAGUCAGUCUGGUCAGGCAGUACCCAAAAGAGGGCUCACAAAGGCUGAUCAGUCUUCCUCCAGGCAGGCAGGUGACAGAAAACUGCCUCCUCAGCAACAGCACAAGGAUGGCUCACCUAGUGCAGAAUUUUCACUACCUCUUUCUGUGUCAGACGAGAAGUUCUGGCAGAACACAGAAUUCCCAGGGUUGUCUCCCCUUUCGGAUGUUAUUGAUGCAUACUGUUGUAAUUUAAAAACUGAAGGUAAAGCGUGUGAAAUUCAUGAAAAACGUCAGUCCUCUGGCUCUUCUGAUCAGACGAGUCCAGAAAGGUAUCCUGAGUUUGACACGCCUCUACGGAUUGAUGAAGAACCUGUUGUAGAGAGUUCCUCUUUGAAGGAAAGUGGGGUAGAAUCGGGAAGAGAUUCAAGGACACAUUCUCCUCCCCUGGUGCACAUCCAGCUUCCAAGGGAGGUAUCUCCUGUGGCUGAGUUACAUCAGGAGGAAGAGGAAGAAAAUGUAGGGGAUGUGCAAGUGUCGUACCAGAUAGACUUUCGUAAGUCUGGGGGUUUUGAUAUCCUCACUGAUGAGGAAAGUGCCCCUGGGUAUCAAGAGAUAAGCACCGAGUGUUAUAUAGCAACAUCCCCAGAGGUGACUGUGUCAGGUCCCCCCUCUCCCUCGCAGACCGACUCCUCACGCCAAAUGUCCACCAGUCACAGUGAGGUUGUUGAAGAACGGAAACGAAUACAAAAGCGGGAAAAGAGUAAUGAGAGUGUAGUGCAAUCUGACUCCUCAGCAGAUGGCCUGUCUCCAGAGGAGUGGUACUCCAAGAUGUUACAGCACAGUCUGGGUCAGUCCUCAGAGUCAAGUGUUGAAGGCCUUGAGGCCAUAUGGGCAGCUCAGCAUGACAGCUCCCCAACAGGCUCCAGCAGUGGUUCCAGCAAACGCCCCUACGACACCAUGGUAGAGGAGCAGAAGUAUGUGGACAGUCUGGUGGCUCAGCGUGCCUUCGGAUUCCCAGCUGCUGCCGAGGUGGUCACCUCCCCUGUUAAGAAGCUGAAAGAUGGCAGCCAUGAAGAGGUGAGGGAGAUUGUCAUUGAGGAACCUCAACCAUCUUCCGGUCAGCAGCAGGCUGGGUGUGUAGUGUGUCCUGAGCCUCCGGUUCACAGAUCUCCAGAACACCAUUCCAGGGUCGCCAGCAACACCCAGAGCAGCCAGGUGGCUCCCCCGAAACAUGACGAGCUAAUCGCAGUGAGACAGAAGGUCACCAAGACCAAGACCAGUAAGCCUGUGGAAAAGCCCAGUCGAGACAUGGGAUCCUCUGAGAUCAUCUCUGUUCAUGAAGUCACAUCUGAUCUGGGAAAUGCCAAGCUGAUUGUUGAGCGCAGAGCCAUUGACAAGAAAAGAGUACAAACUGUUCAUGCAACAAAGGUGGAACAGCCAUUGAAGCAACACGCAGAAUCACUGGACAGUUUGAGUAACAUUGGCAUUGGGCAGAGCGAGUUAAAAAUAUCCAAGAGCCAUGAAUAUCUGAUGGAACGCCGUGACCACACAGAUGUGUCCCCACGAAUGACUACUUCUGCAUGUGAGCUGCCGACAGGGGUGACAGAGCAAAACUCACCUGACACCAUGUCCACCUCACUCACCUCCUCUACGGACACCUUUGUCUCUGGAAACUCUGACUCAGACUUCACAGAUUUCUACAUGGACCACCAUGGUGGUGCCCUGUCCAUGACAGGUUCAGGCUAUCUGGUCCAGUCCACCCCUGAGGAUGCAUUUGCUGUUCAGAAAGCAGCUUCACUGCCCAAUGUUGGAAGCUGGUCUCCCCCUGUGGACUCCGACACCCUACCUCUGCAGAGGGGGGCACUCAGCAGCUCUCGCUCAGGCAAGCUAAAGAGUCUCAAAGAACUUUUUGAGCCCAGUUCCGCUGAGAAUGCCACAGCCAGUCUGCGUCAGGGUGCCGAUGGUGUGCACUCGAGCCCUCACCCGACAUACACUGACCAGGGUGUGGAGUAUCAGUGGGCGCGUCACGCACGAGGACAGUCACCAAGAAGUGUUACCUUUAAAGACGACCCGCUCCCACCUGAAUCAGACCCGGUCAAGUGGCAGGUGUCAGCUCUGUACCAGAGGCAUGACCAGAACUAUCCUCCUGAGAAGUCACAAGCUGUCAGACAAAAGUGGCAGAACUCAGAGGCAAACAGUUCGGGACAUGUGGAACAUGGGGCAGAAUUCCCUAAAGCCCGUGUCAGGAUUGUGGAUCCACCCAAGUCCCCAUCAGGCAAACCUCCUGCCCACAGGAACCCUAACAUUCGGACGAGAACCCACAGCGACUCAGCGUUAGAGGAAUCUGGGCUUGCAGAGGACGAAGUGAGUGGGGACUACGGCGGGGACAUGAGCACUGGUAGCUUAGACCGUGACCAGUGUAAGAAAUCUAACCUUCAGAGGAAAGGAAGUAUACGCGAGUUAGUAGCAGUGUUUGAGAACAAAGGAGAUGUAACUGCUGAGACACGUUCAAACAGUCGCGGAUCCCUUCCCACUGACUUGUCCACAAGUAGGGAAAGUUUGGAUCGUGUGUUAAGUGGAGCUAAGUCGGGGGAUGUUCGGACUGCCUCAAGUGACCCCCAGCGGGGGAGAUCCCCAGCUCCCACAGACUCUGCCUCUGUCAGGCAUCAGUCUGUACGACUCGGACCCAAACCAUUUUACGGCAGCAAGUCUUAGCGC